AUGAAGCUGAGGAUUAACUUGACAAUGAAACCUGCCUAUAAGGGACACUCAUGGGACCAUCAAAAUUCAAAAGUGUGCAAAUUAGAAUCUACAAAUAACAAAAAGAACAAAGUUAAAAAUAAAAAAUCAGACAAAAAAGAAAAUGUUAAAAUAAAUAACAAAAAAAAAAAUAGUCACCAAAGUUUGAGUGAAGAGCAAAACAAUCAUAAAAAUAUUCAAAAGCAGAGUAAACUGUCAAACACAAAUUCCAAACAAGAAAAAGCACAUGAUAAAAACAACAUUGAUAUUCUUGGGAAUGAGAAUACAAGUAAAUUAAUAACUGAAGAAAGAGAAAGACAGAAAGAUCAUAACAAAAAUAAAAAUAAUCAAAAGCAAAGAAGAUUUUCUGACAAAGAUUCAUUUGAUGAUCAUAAAUUUAAUCAUCAAAAUGUACAUGAAAGAAACAAAAUUAAUUCGUAUGAAGAAGAUUCAUUAAAUUUAUCAAUAAAUAGUGAUUCAAAAAGACGGAGUAAAAAAAAAAAAAACAAAAAAAAAUCUAGUCACUCAAGUUUGAAUGAAGAACUAAAAUAUGAAAAUGUUCAAAACCAAAGCAAAUUGUCCAACAAAAAUUCCAUUGAUGAAAAUUCUCAAAAGAAAAAAUCACAUGAUAGAAAAAACAUUGAUUCACCUAAGGACACAUGUAGAUCAAUAACUAAAGAAGGAGAAGAAAAAUGGAAGAAUAAAAUCAAAAAUAACAAUGGUCAAAAGCAAAGCAGAUUUUCUGACAUGGGGAUAAGUGUUCUUGAUGAAAUAGAUGAAGACAUUUUCAAUUUACCUAAUGAUUAUUCUGUUGCUCAUUGUGUUGCUGAAGACUUACGAAUGGGMGCAGGCAUAGCUGUUGAUUUUAAAGGUAUGUGGCGAAAACAUUUUAUUGUCAUAACAGUUUCAAGAUUGUUCUGCACUUCUGCCACGGUAUUGUUAUACAAUUUUUGGUUGCAUAUUACUGAUACUGUUGCUGUGUGUAUGGAUUUAAUGAAGCAGUUAUUUAAAUUUCAUUACAGUUUAUUAAGAGAUGUCAAAAAUAAAAAGUUUUGCCCUGGUGAAAUAAUAAGUUACAACRUUAAGAAUGAAGUUGUGAUUUGUAUGUUUACCACUCAAAGUGCAUACUACAAUUCUAUAGAAAAUGGAUUCAAAAACAUAGCUCGUGGCUUCAAAAGAUAUAAUUAUAUGGCUAUUCAAAGUGGCCCUAUUGAUUAUCCUAACGAUAACUUUCAACAUAUACAUUGGAUAGUAUUAAUAUCACGCUCGGUCAUUCACUCUUCUGAACUAUGGUUAUGUGGUGAUGUCAAACAAACAAAGGACCAGGUAUAUUAUGAUGAAUAUUGUAAAAAUGUACAGUACUCCAUGAAUAACUCAUUUCAAUAUUAUUCUCCUACUCGAACAAACAAUUUUGUUCCACRUAAUUUUAAUACAAAAGAAACAAGUAAUUCAAAUUGAGGGUGUCAAAAUAAAUUCUACAAAAACGGAUACACAAUUCUAUGUAGGCAUUUAAAUAAUAAACUACUAUGACACAUUGAAUGUGUUAAUUUUUUAAUCUGUUUGAAUAAAUAUGUCAUUAUUUCCAAUUAAUCAACAUAUUCUUUUACUUGAAUUAGUUAUUAAUAUUUAAGGUUUCA